AUGACUAGCGAGGUGAUCGAGGACGAGAAGCAGUUCUACUCCAAGGCCAAGACGUAUUGGAAGGAGGUCCCGGCCACCGUGGACGGCAUGCUCGGGGGGUAUGGCCACAUCUCCAGCAUCGACAUCAACAGCUCCCGGAAGUUCCUGCAGAGGUUUCUGAGGGAAGGCCCAAACAAGACCGGGACCUCAUACGCCCUGGACUGCGGAGCUGGCAUUGGGAGGAUCACCAAGCGGCUGCUCUUGCCUCUCUUUGGAGUGGUGGACAUGGUGGACGUGACGGAGGACUUCCUGGUCAAGGCCAAGACCUACCUGGGCGAGGAGGGCAAGCGAGUGAGGAACUUCUUUUGCUGCGGCCUCCAGGACUUCAGCCCCGAGCCACAGUCGUACGAUGUGAUCUGGAUCCAGUGGGUGAUAGGCCACCUGACCGAUCAGCACCUGGCUGAGUUCCUGCGGCGCUGCAAGCGGGGCCUGCGUCCCAACGGCAUCAUCGUCAUCAAGGACAACAUGGCCCAGGAGGGCGUCAUCCUGGACGACGUGGACAGCAGCGUGUGCCGCGACCUGGAUGUGGUGCACAGGAUCGUCCGCAGCGCAGGCCUCAGCCUCCUGGCCCAAGAGCGGCAGGAGAACCUCCCGGAUGAGAUCUACCACGUCUACAGCCUCGCCCUGAGAUGA